AUGGCGGAGAUUGUGGGAAUUGUUUCUGCCGGCGUUGGCAUUGCUUCUUUUGCUGCACAAGUUUUCGGCAGCAUCAAGACCUUGAAAGAUGUUUAUGAGUAUAAUCAAAAGAAAGCACCGGAAAAUCUCGAUAAAAUAGUUGACCGUCUUGAAUUUUUGAAAUUGGUGUUGGAAAAAUUGGAGCCAUAUGAGGGAAACCCAAUUGUUGACCGUGCACUACGCAGUUGUCAAUCAAUAUUCAGAAACGUGGAGGAAGCUUUGGAUGUGCUUUUGCAGAAGGUGAACAGGAAGUCACCUGGAAAGAAGGCCAACCGGAAGCCAGCCAAAUUUCAAGUUUCUGAAAAGAUUCGCGAACAGAUUGACGAAAUACGCUCCGAACUUGUAUGGGUGAUCAUGGCGCUGAAUUUGUCGAGCUCGAUCUGCUUGAUGCCGCCUUCAACACCCGAAAACGGGGUUCAGAGAGUUAUUGACCAUAGCAACUCCCUAAGUACUGUGGACAGCCCAGCUGACGAUAAAGCUGUCCAUCGUGCGAAUGCCAAUGACGUCUCAGCUCUCUCUUAUCCUCGAAGCCCUCCAAUCACUCAGCGGACAUCAUGCCGUUACUGGGGGUUCGAAUAUACGCCGAUGUCGAUCAUAUUUGGCAAGUGUGAUAAUAAAAGAUGCGACAUGAAAAAUGUUCGCUGGAGUUUUCGAUUGGCUUUUAACAAGCUCAGCAUUAAAUGGGCAUUUCUUAUUGACUUGGAAGUUAUCCUAGGGUUUGAAACCCUUUGGAAAUGUAAGAACCUAUAUAUCACACUCUCGGAAGCUCAAGAUCAGCUUCGGAUGCUGGAUAGAUCGCCAUCGCCCCUUCGACAUCACGUCAAUCCAGAUGGAAACAACUAUGUUCGGGAGCUUCUCUACCAUGGUCCUUGGUCUAAUCAGAAUGCUCAAUUUGCUCUGCUUUCCCUGCUUGUUAAAGAGUUAGAUCCGUUCUUCCUUGAAUACCUUGCUGCUAUUGCAAAAGAUGAUCCUGGAUUUGGAGGAUCAACAACCCUGCAAGACGCUGUUUUGUGUGGAUCCGAGGCGGCUGUAGACAAUUUGCUUUCAAGCGUGGAUAAUUUGGAGAAUCAUCGAAACUUCCUAGGCCAAACACCCUUGCAUCUUGCAGUUUCCAAUCCCCACAUUUUCGAAAUGAUUUUGGAUGCUGGACAUGAUAUGGAUGUUACAGACCGAUGGGGUAUUACACCCUUGAUGUAUGCGGCUGCCAUGGGAGUCAGUGACGUUGUGCAAUUGCUCAUCUCUAAAGGUGCAAACAUCACGACUCGCGCUACAGCUUACGAGAUGGACUUUAUGUACUAUGCGUCUGUACGUGAUCAAUGGGAUAUAAUCUUUGAGUCACUCAGCGCUAUUCAAUUAUACCGCGGUGAAGAAGUCUUCCAACCAUACGAGUGGAUGAUUCUUCUGAGGCAAAAAUACAACAAAAAAGUUGCAGAAGACCAGGAUCAGAGGAAAAGAGAGGAAUACUACAUGUACGUGAAUUCCUACUUUAUCGUUGAUCACCAAAAAGCAACCUACGAGCAGGUACUUGUCCCCGAAUCGGUCCAGUAUCAGCCGCACCUUGAAAUGUCCGAAUAUGCAUUCUGGCUUCAACAGGAAUAUUUGCGGAACCUCAAUGCGGAGAAUGGAAGUCUCAGGGAAGAAUGGUAUGAGAGACGAACUAGAUGGUUUGCCAAACUACUCCAUGUGAUGGGAGUUUCGAAGCAGAAAGUGAUACAAGCGAUGGAAGUGGUGCGCCUCAAAAGGACCAGGUCGGAAAAGAUCGAUGUAAAGGCCAUCAUUGACCAGUUUACAACUUCUAUGGAGGCAAGCUAG